AUGCCGAGUAUGCUGGUGGAGCUGUUCCAUGAUUGCUCUGAAAAAGAGGAUGAUAUACCAAGCAUGAAUGAUUCCCGGGAUGAUUCCAAGGCAUGUGAGAAGAAUAUUGAUGAGAAGAUCACAAGUACAUCCUUGAUCGAGAAGUACAGCGAUCGGCUGGAAAGAUGCAUGAUCGAAAGAUUUUUACUAUUGGCAACUUACUGGAAGGAACAACGCGAGGAUGGCGAGAAGAACUUGACACAUUUUCGAUUUGACGAAAGUUUGUUCUAUAAUAGGAAAAGAACAUCGUCUGGUCUCAUCGAAAAAAGCGAAACUAUGAAAGGCACAGAGACGGAGUUUGAGGAGUUUGUCAUCGACCGUACAAUCACGCCUCAAAGAAAGUUAGCUGUUAAAGAUGUAGAGAAAAGCCAGAACGGCACAGAAAAAAUUAGCCAAUGGAGAAAAAGUCUGGAGAACACGCUUCUCGGUUCCGCUCUGAUUCAAAAAAAUGAGAAACACGACACGCCUCGCUUCAGAAAAUCGUGUUUCAACUGUGACGGUGAACAUCAGUUGAGAGAUUGCCCUCGCCCGAAAGACUUCCGGAGAAUCUCAAAGAAGAAGAGAGAAUCAGGAGAUGCGACACGACGCAGACAACCAGUUUAUGACAAUGUCGGGCUUUCAAAGCAGAAACAAAACGACUUUAAACCCGGUGAAAUGAGCGAGAAACUUCGAAAUGCUCUUGGACUACGAAAUGAUGAUAUUCCAGAACAUAUUUAUCGGAUGAGAAGACUUGGCUUCAUCAAAGGCUAUCCACCUGGGUGGCUGAGAAAAGCAAUAAAGACAUCAGAUACGUUGCAAUUCUUCACCUCAGAGUCGAAAAAGGAUGAGGAGAAAAAAGAGAAGCCACCUGAAUUAGACAAGUCAAAAAUAAUCUGGUAUCCUGGAUUUAACGAGAACAAAUCGAAUCUUAAAGAUCGCGAGACAUUCAAAGUACCAUCAUCAGAAGUCUUUUGCUCUGGGUAUCAAGAAGAAUUGACAGAAAUAUUCAAAAAACAACGAAAGGCGGACAAGAAAAAAUCGAAGGCGAUUUCGAGACAUAAAAAAUUUGCUGACGAAGAUGAUGAUAUCAUAAUAAUAGAUAAUGAACAUAAAAGAAAAGAGGAAUCAAAAUUUAAUACACCAGGAGAGGAAGGUAUCGUCAUUGUAUUGAAUGAAUGUCUUCCUUCAUCUGAAGGACAAGAAGGGGCGAAAACGCCAACACGAUCGAAUGUGAAAGUUGGCGAAUCAGCUUUCCACAUUAUUGGAACUCCGACUUAUGGUCUUCGAAAUUUGCCUCCCGUUGCUCCGCUUGAAUCGUUCGCUGUUGGGAUUCAGCCGUUUAUUGCAGACGCCGAAGAAGUAGAAUCCAAAGGAACAUUUCGGAAGCUUAUGGAAAACUUGAAGAAAGCUCGAGAACACUUUUUGGAGCCAGAACCAGAGGUCGAAGUUCAAAAAUCUUGUGCUAAAGAGAAAGCAGAGAAAAUUUCCCUUCAGUUAACCGAAUCCGUUUCAUCGUUUGAGUCAAAGUCUGAGAAAGUAAAAAAGAAAAAGAAGGGGAAUAGGUCGAAGAAAACAUGA